AUCCUGAUCCGCAGCCAUGCGGAUGAGCACAUGAAGAAAAUCCUGUAUACAGAACGGAUAUUUUUUGUAGAGAUAGAAUCUGCUUUUUACACUUUGCUUAUUCCCUCAUCGUGUAAACCAAAUGGCCCCAGUGUUAGUUGCUUGCAACUUGAUCAAUCUCGACCUUUACUAUGGGGAGGAUCUCGUUUACAGUGUCCACCUACGGAUAAUUCAAUUACAGAGUCCCUGGUUCCUCGACUCAGAAUGCAUCCUGUACAAAUUGCUGUCAAGGUCGAGAUGUCGUGACGUUUGGUCCAUGCGUGGCUGUGAACACUGAAGCCGAAACACAAAAAAUUAAAUAAAGCAUUCCGACCUCUGCUUGAUCCCUAUUUGACAAACCCAAAUACACCAAAAUCACCAAUCAUGUUGCGCAUACGUGUUCCUUGAAAUAUACCGUCAUAGACUUUGGACCCUGAAACUCCUCGAUGACGCCAGACCCUUAUGCCAGAUAUGAACUUUCCAUGCUUUGUCUCCCCCUCCAAAGCAAACAGUUGUGUAUAGGCAGUCAACUCCCUUCUCACACACUCAACCUCGAACACAGACUGAGCAAGUGUCGUUGAUUCUACACAGACCUUCCGGGAAAUGCCACCCUCACAAGUUCAAACUCCUCCUUCCGCCCAUCUCAGCACAGCCCAAAAGAUGCAAUACCGCAUCGGACGUGGUGAAAUGGGUGUCAUGACUUUCGAGCCAUACAAAUCCGAGAUCCUGCCAUUGUGGCGUUUCAAAACUCCCGACGUUGCCACGAUAAGCUCGAGGAAAAUCUACGAGAAAUUCCUGGAAUAUGAUGGGAGAGGGGAUUUCGUAGGGAUGGAUAUGUGCAGAAAGUUCUUGCAGAUGGGCAUGACCCGCGCCACCCGUUAUGCUAAUCAUGCCGGAGGCCGCAAAUACGCAAAGCCAAUCUCCAACUCUCCAGGUGCCGGCUCGACUCCCAAAGAAGAACUCCCCAAAUCGACGAGCCACCCCGACCGCCAAGAUAAGCUGGAAGCAGCAGCGAUAUUUCGCGAAGCAUGGGAGAAGGUUAAGGGGAGUUCGAGCUAUGUGGAGAGGAAAGAACAGUUUAUCAAAGAACAAAAAGAGUGGGAUAAAUCAGACGUGGAAUGAG